AUGGCGGACUCACAGCCGGCCUCGUUCAGGAAGAUAGCCGUGUUUUGCGGAGCCAGCAGCGGCUCCAAUCCGCUCUACAUAGAGGCCGCAAGGCUGCUGGGUGCGGAGAUGGCGCGGCGAGGCAUAGGCCUGGUCUACGGGGGCGGCAAUGUGGGGCUGAUGGGCGCGGUGGCGGAGGCGGUGGGCAGCAGGCUGGGGCCAGACCAAGUCAUCGGCGUGAUCCCCGCAGCGCUGGAGCCCCGGGAGAUCUCGGGCACCACCGUGGGCGAGAUCCGGGUGGUGGGGUCCAUGCACGAGCGCAAGGCGAUGAUGUUUGAGGAGGCCGACGCGUUCAUCAUGAUACCGGGGGGCUACGGCACGCUGGACGAGACUCUGGAGAUCACCACCUGGCAGCAGCUGGGCUUCCACACCAAGCCGGUGGGCCUGCUCAACAUCAACGGCUUCUUCAACAAGCUGCUGGCCUUCCUGGACCACGCGACACAAGAGGGCUUCAUCCGACCCUCCAGCCGCGCCAUCCUGGUCAGCGGCGACACCCCCGGCGAGCUGAUUGAUACAUUGGCGGCCUACCAGGCGCCUCCCUCCCUGCUGCGGCUCGCCAGCGAGGGCAAGCUGGGGGUGCACGAGCGGGGGUGA